AUGACAUCUUCACUUCCUGUCGACGCUCUUUCCUCUCUUCCUCAACCGGCGGACUCGACAGAGAAGCAGCGAGAAUUCGGCUUGUGGAACAACUUCACCAUGGAUUUCGAGCCCCAGGACGUGCCGCCUAGCUAUGACUCGAUUGAUGACGACAAGACUGCUUCGGAAAUAACACUCCAAGCCUUUCAAUUGUCCUUUCGAGAAUUUACCCUACCGCCAAAAGCAAACUACCUCGUCCGCUCGAACAGCGCUCCUUCGCCCUGGGAGCUACUGGCCGGACCAGCAAUGUCCAACGUCAUCACCCCGGAAAACACAGAACCGCUUCGGAAACGCCGAUACCGAGUCGUCUACCCUCCAUCAUACGAAGAUGUCUACCUUCACAAAAGCACAUGGAGUAACAAUACCUCUACCCUCCCUCGAUAUCACGUAGAGAUCUACGGCAAAGACCGUUACGAGCCCGAACCAAUCGUCAUCCUAGGCCCCGCGGAUCAUGAGAGCACAGUGACGAAUGAAGCAAGGAAUCUGGCGGCUUGCUACGUUGAACGGGUCAUCUCUCGAAUGGAAAGCGAAAUCAGCAAGACGACAAGAUUCGCUGAUUUCUGUGAGCGCGAGUAUUUCUCCUGGGACUGGACUUGCAAGACAACGGGUGCGAAGCAGGACAUGCGGACUUUGAUCAUCAAGGCGAAGGGAGAGUGCUUGAAAUGCAUGGAAUUGCUCGCGAAAUUGGAGAAAUACCUGGAAUUUGUUGGAGAAGAAGAUGCUCGCGCAGAGAUGUGCAGCAGUCUGAAGCGCAGCAUUAGGGAGUCAAGCGCGGGACUGGCAUGGCUACGGUUAUGA